CAAAGGAAUCCCAAGAUUAUGAAAUAGAAACUAGACAGAGACAGAAAGUGAAUAUAAAUGCCAGAAAAAGAAACAAUGAUGUGCCACAUAAACCACCAAGCUGCUUUCUCGCCUCUUUCAGAAAGAGAAAGAAAGGCCCCCCCCCCCCCAAGAAAAAUCUUCCUUCUCUCCUCUUUCAUGGUUUCAAUACAUUAAUUUCCUUUCUCUAUUUCCAUGCUUUUUUCUUCUCCCCUAACCCAAAGUGAUGAUCUGAUUGUUUUAAUCUCUUUUCUCUGAUACAUCUUCUCUUGGGAUUUUUUUUUGUUUUUCAAUAUAUUCCUUGUGAUCUGGUUUACACAGUUAGAUUCUUUGGGGGAACGAGUGGAAAGUAUAGAUUUUAUUUUAUCUUUAUGUAUCUCAUGGUGGAAUGCUUUUUUUUUUUGGUUAUUUGUCUCCUGAGAUGGAGAGCAAAGGACUGUGUAAAGCAUCAUUUCAAGACUCAGUCAUUUGAGGAUGCCAGAUCUGGCAUCAAUUAAUGUAUUUGGUCAAUUUUUAUGAGGAAAAAAUGUUGGCAGGAGAUUUUGAUAUGAAUUCAACACCGCAAGCUACUAAUUCGCUUAAAGAUAUUUUCAAGCAGACAAUGCUUGAUCAGGAAAUCAUUUUCAGAAAGCAGGUAUGUGAGCUCCAUCGUUUACAUAGUGUUCAGAAGAAUCUAAUGAAGAAUCAUACACCACUGGAGCUUGAAACGUUCAAUUCAUUGAAAGCAAAUGCACAAUCAUUUCCCCGAGAAACUGGACUCCCAACAAAUUCAAUUCCAAUGUUGGACUCAAGAGUGUCUUCUACUGUGGAGUUGUUAGAAGGGUGGCAGGACAAUAGCUAUAAAUUUCAGCCAAGUCCUUUCAAUCUUCAGCGUUUGCCUGAUCAGUAUACGAGUCUUGUGGAUUAUAUUCUUCCAAAUAAAGUAAAGGUUGCGAAUCACUUAAAAGAAAGCAUAGAUGUAAAUUCUAUCCAUGGUGGAGAUUUUUCAGACCCCCUGGAGUUGAGGCUUUCUCUAAGCCUUGGAGCUAUCAAAGGGAACAAGGAAGAUGAAGAGAGAAGUAGGUCUGACAAGAAAACUGAUGCCUGCUCUAGAAUUGUCAUUGAUUUAGAAGAAUCAACUGAGAUGACCACAAAUGUGGAUAAAAAACAUUCAUCUUUUGAUGCUGCUGAAGUUACUUAUUCUGGAGGGAAAAAUGAUUCACGAGCUACAAUAAAUUCUAAUCCAAUUUCUUCAGGAUGCACGAUGAAAGAUUUAUCUCACAAGAUACCAUUGACUAGCCCCUUUGUUGGGGAUAGCAACUGGAAAAAGCAGAUCUAUUCUGUUCAAGGAUUAAAACACAAUGAUAAUAUGCCACGUGAAAACCUUUUGACCAGAAAGCAGCAGUUCACUUCAUGUGGAGUGGGAUAUGUGGACCUUAAUGAAGUUAAGCUUGAUGAUUCAUCUUGUCACUCAGAUGAUUCCAUACUGGUCUACCCUUUGAUUAAUUCCAAUAACGAAGACUGGAGAACAAAAGAUCAAUUCAGAAGUUCUGUAAACAGUCCCGCAUCAGAAUCCAGGCCCCAAAUAAACAUGUCCAAGGAGAGUGGCGGCCACGGAGGAAACACAAAGAAUGGAAGGGAUGGGCUUAUGCUGAAACUACAAAAUGGUCAUGCUCCUGGUCUGGAGCCUGCAUGUGUAGUUGCUAUACAGUCAGGUUGUGAGAAGAGUGGAGAAGCAGACAAUGUGUUAUUCUCUGAUAAAAUCCAAAUUACCGUUGAAGAUGAACUUCCCGACAGGUUUUCUCCAUCAGGGAAGUCUAGCUGCAUUUCAGAUGAUGUUUCUAGCCUUGUAAGGACAAUGGAAUCUGGAAUUAAACCCUGUAAUUCAAAUCUUGCUGAUUCUGAUCAGUUUUCGGGAACCGAUGGGAGAUCUAAAGUUGCAGAAACUCUAUCAGGUGAGCAGGAUCAAAGACCUUCUGCUAGUAAUGAAAUAAAACAUGAAUGUUAUGAUAACCGAGAAGAAUCGGCUGAAGUGGAUAAUUUGAUCCAAAUAGCAGCUGAAUCACUUAUGCAUCUCACCUCGAAGAAAUCAGCAUGCUAUCAAAAAUCUUCAACUCAGACAGCAUCAAAGGAGUCAGAUAAUGAGGACAAGGAGCAGCCACAAUGUUCCCAUGAUUCAUAUGAGUUAAUGACUUUGGAACUGGCAGAAAGCAAUGCGGAUGAUUAUUCUGUAUCAUCGGAGCCGUUUGAAGCAAGUGAUGCACUGACAAAAGAUUUCGGCAUCAAGUUGAGAAGAGGAAGGAGACUGAAGGAUUUUCAGAAGGACAUACUUCCGGGCCUCUCAUCUCUUUCUAGACAUGAAAUUCGUGAAGAUAUAAACAUUCUAGAGGGAGUUCUAAGAUCAAGGGAGUACAAGAAAAUGAGAGCUAAGAUGGCCAAUGGAGAGAGAUGGUUCAAACCGGUGAGAAGCAGACGGUCAAGACUCAAUUAUGUUGGAAGAAAAACUUUUAGAUGAUUUUCAAGUUAACGUUGGAAACUUGGUCAGAUUUUAACAUAACCCUAUUGUUUAAUUCGACAUCUUUUUAACUGCAAAUAAUCUUUAAGCUCAUUCAUUGAUUUAGAGAUAUUUAACUAUGUUCUUAUAUAUGAUUCGAUCUUUCAACUUUAUUAUUUUUAAAGCUGGAACGUAGAUC